GCACCCAAGUAGCAUCAUCGUUCACGGCAUUGUCCACGAUUGUUGUUUGUCCACAGCAUUGGCCUCGGUCGAUGUUUGUCGUGUAUUUGUUUUGGAGUUGUCGGCAGCAUUUGUAGACCAUAAGCAGACAACCAUGGGUAACAGCUGUCGAUCAUGGAUGCUGAGGAUGCCCUAUGCCACUCUUCUGGCCACCUUGCUCUGCGUCAUUGGUGUGGGCAUUUUCUGUGGAUGCAUAUAUAGGGUGUUCACACUCUGCCUCAGAAUGUUUGAUGAAGUCUUCCACUUCCAUUUGGACUGGCUGGAGCCGGUGCAACUGGUGUGCAUGAUCAUCGGCGUGGCGAUGGCGGCGCUCGGCAUCAUGAUGCUGCUGGUCGGCUGCCUCACCACCGGCUCCACGCGCACACGCGUGUUCCGCUCCCGGCCGGGCCGCGCGCGUGGCCGCACCUCCGUGGCCGUGUUUAUGGCCAUCGCCUACAUCCUGCAGAUGGCCUGGGUCUGCAUGUUCGCCGUGCUGGUGGUUGGCUGUGUGCUGUUCGCCACGUUCUGGAACAUGUGCCUCUCCGACCGGGUCCGCGUGCUGCAGGAGUGCAUUGACUUCAGACAAUUCGCGUUCGUGUUCCCAAACAACACGCGCGAGGAGGACAUGCAGGUGUGCGGCACUGGCGAGCAGAAGCUCUUCUGCAAGGACUACGUCGAGAACGUCCAGAUCAACCUGCUGCUGUCGGCGGUCGGCUGCUUCCUCGUGCUACUCAGCCUGAUCAAUUACCUGAUGUGCCUGGCGGCGAAUUACGCGCACAUCAAGGACCAGGAGAAGUUCGUGGACCUGAGCGAGAUGCAGUACCUGCAGGUGUCCGAGUCGGGCACGCUGGCCAAGGACCGCUUCUGAACGGUGUCCGGUGACCCGGGGUCAGGCGCGGGCAGAGGUCACCUAUGACUUCACACCACUCCCGGAGCAGCUACUUACCGCAGGGCCAUCGUGCUCGCGGCUGUUUGUACUGAUUGUGAGACUCGCUUUUGCGUGUCGGCCGGUUCCUGUCGUCGAUACAUUCCGUCUGUUGUGACCUAUCCCGUCCAGUGUUGGUGGCUUUCACGCGCGUCCGCGCGGUAGACAACACACGCUGCCGCGUUAGUCGUGUGUCCUGUAAACCGAGCUCAGGAGAGCCAGGA